AUGUCCAUUGGGGAAGCGGGUAGUGCUACUAAUUUGGCCCUCAUGUGUUGUCCGUUAUGUUCUUAUGACCAUGACUCUAGGGAUCAUCUGUUCUUUCAAUGUGCCUAUGCAGCCGAGGUCUGGAAAACGGUUAGAGAUUGGGUUGAUAUGGGGAAUGUCAAUAAUACUUGGGAUUCCGUUAUGGGUUGGUUGGUAAACAGUGCUAACACGAGACAUCUUGGCGGUGUUGUAUGCAAGAUUCUGGUGGGGGCGGUUACCUAUUACAUAUGGCAAGAACGAAAUAACAGGCUAUUCUCGAGACUACAGCGGUCUCCGGCUAUUCUCUCGCAAGUCAUUUUUAACUCGGUCAGGCUGAAGAUAAUGGGAUUCAGGAUUAUGAAGCACCCGGAUCACAUGAAGAUUAUGGACCGAUGGCAGAUCUCGAAGAAGAACGUAAUGGAGGAUCCGGGCUAA